UCAUGUUUACACUCGCGUCUUAGUGCUGUUAUUCUCAUUUAGCAAAAAGAGUUUACCUAACGGACACGACUCAUUCCUGGAAUUAAACUUUAAUGUUAAUAAUAACGUGGUUUUGUGGCCGGUUAGUUGUUUAGCUGGGGAGUAAAGACUGUAGCAACAGUGCUAGGUAGUUAGCCUGCUUAGCUUAGCUGGUCAACCAACCAGCUAAACUAAAGUUCGUUUUUUUACAAACACUUUACACUGGUUUCUCUUCACUCCGGUCUUUGGAUUGGGUCAGGGCACCAUGGCUGACAGCACUUUUGCGAUGGCCCGUAGCCUGCUGGUGGACUCAUCCAUCUAUGACUCCAGAAUGGCAGAGACAACGAAAGAGCACACAUUCCUCGGCUUGACCUCAGAGGAUGCAGAGGAAAUGCUGCACAGAGUAGAGACCAGGGUGGUGCUGGUGGGCGAAACCGGCAGUAACGCUGCACUUGUAAAAGCGCUGGAGGGCAUUCGAAUAAUGGAAGUCCCAGUGGUAAAGAUUAAAGAAGGUGACCCAGGCUCUGAGUCAAGCGAGAAAUUGAUCAAAUCUAUAGUCAAUAUGGACAUAAACACCCCUUGUAUAAAGACAGACAAUGUCAGAGAGUUUGGAGAUGGAGAAAAUGCAGAGUUUGAGACAGUCUUUGUACUGAAGGACUUCCAGUCUCCAGACUACAGCUAUCUGUACAAAAAUGACAACCGCAUUUUGGGCCCCCCUGUGGUGCUGCACUGUGCUGAGAGGGGAGAGCCCUUGCCGUUCUCAUCCCGUCCACUCUACUCCACCACAAUGCUCAAUUUGUCACUUUGCUUCACUGGUUUCCGCAAGAAGCAGGAAGUGGUAAACCUGGUUAACCUGGUGCAUCAUAUGGGCGGCACCAUCCGUAAGGACUUUAGUGCUAAAGUCACUCACCUGAUUGCUCAUUCGACACAUGGAGAAAAAUACAGGCUGGCUGUGUGUAUGGGUACGCCCAUUCUCACCCCUGACUGGAUUCAUAAGGCCUGGGAGCACAGGGAUGAGACCAAUCUUCAUGCAGGUGGUGAAGAAUUUCGUACUGCCUUCAAAGUGCCUCCGUUUCAGGACUGUGUUUUGAGCUUUCUUGGCUUCUCAGAGGAAGAAAAGGGCAACAUGGAGGAAAGAACGCUAAAGCAUGGCGGCCGCUUUCUGGAGGUCGGAGAUGAGAAGUGCACUCACCUGGUGGUGGAGGAGAACUCCAUAAAAGAGCUGCCAAUUGUGCCUUCUAAAAGACUGUAUGUUGUAAAACAGGAGUGGUUUUGGGGCAGUAUCCAGAUGGAUGCUCGAGCUGGAGAAACCAUGUAUUCAUAUGAGAAGUCAGAGAGCCCGGCGAUGAAAAAGGCUGUAUCCCUUCUGUCUCUCACAACACCCACCAGUAAUCGGAAGCGUCGGCGGCUGCGUGACACUCUUGCCCAGCUCGCUAAAGAGACAGAGAUCUCUCCCUUCCCCCCUCGCAAGAGGCCCUCAGCGGAACACUCGCUGUCUAUGGGCUCGCUGCUGGACAUUUCUAAUACUCCAGAUACCUGCAAGGCUCUCACAGAGCGUAAUGUUGAGGCCAAGCGUAGACAGAGGAAGCCGGCGAAACGUAAGAGUGACAGGGAGAAGGAGAGAAGGAGUAGGACGAGCAGAGAGUGGGUCUUCUGUACCAGCACUCCACUGAAAUCCACAGAACAGCACAUGAACGUGAAGCUCUCACUCGACUCCUCCACAGAGACAGAGGAGAACUCUAAGCCCUCCAAAAGCUCCACACCUGCCCUGCCCAAACAGUCGGCGAGAUGGCAGGUAUCCAAGGAACUUUACCAGACUGAAAGCAACUACGUGGAUAUUCUGUCCACCGUCCUGCAGCUUUUCAAAUAUCCACUGGAGAAGGAAGGCCAGGUUGGAGGCCCCAUCCUGGCUCAGGAGGAGAUUAAGACCAUUUUUGGCAGCAUCCCAGACAUUUAUGAAGUGCACACCAGGAUAAAGGCGGACCUGGAGGAGCUGGUGAUGAACUGGUCUGAAGACAAGAGUGUCGGUGAUAUUAUUCUGAAAUAUUCCGGAGAGCUGGUGAAAGCUUACCCACCAUUUGUCAAUUUCUUCGAGAUGAGCAAGGAGACAAUUGUUAGGUGUGAGAAGCAGAAACCGAGGUUCCAUGCCUUCCUGAAGAUCAAUCAGGCUAAACCUGAGUGUGGGCGGCAGACGCUGGUGGAGCUGCUGAUUCGUCCAGUGCAGAGGCUACCUAGUGUGGCUCUCUUACUUAACGAUAUUAAAAAGCACACCUCUGAUGAUAAUCCUGAUAAAGUCACUCUGGAAAAGGCCAUUGAGUCCCUCAAAGAAGUUAUGACCCAUAUAAAUGAAGAUAAGAGAAAGACAGAGGGCCAGAAGCAAAUCUUUGAUGUGGUUUACGAAGUGGAUGGCUGCCCUGCCAAUCUGCUGUCAUCUCAUCGAAGUCUGGUGCAUAGGGUAGAGACCAUUGCUCUGGGUGACAAGCCUUGUGACCGCGGCGAACAUGUUACUCUGUUUCUCUUCAACGACUGCUUGGAGAUUGCCAGGAAGAGGCAUAAGGUGAUCAGCACCUUCAAGAGUCCUCUGGGACAAACGCGGCCGCCUGCUCAGCUUAAGCACAUCGCCCUCAUGCCACUUUCUCAGAUACGCAGGGUGCUGGACUUGCGUGACACUGAAGACUGUCAGAACGCCUUUGCGCUGGUUGUGCGGCCUCCUACUGAGCAGGAGAACCUUCUCUUCAGCUUCCAGCUCACUGCUGAAGAUGCACUCAAAUCAACCUGGCUGAAGACUCUCUGCCGUCAAGUGGCGAACACCAUCUGCAGGGCCGAUGCAGAAGACCUGAUUCAGUGUACCGAUCCAGACACCCUUCAAGUGAACACAAAGGACAUGGACAGCACGCUGAGUCGAGCCUCCAGGGCCAUCAAAAAGACAUCAAAAAAGGUGACACGGGCUUUUUCUUUCACCAAAACCCCUAAACGUGUUAUCCAGAGAGCUUUCAUGGCAAACAGUACCCCUGAUGACAAGAGUCCUGGUGCAGGAUCUGAAUACAUGACUCGAAUGACUAGCAGCUCCACACUGGCUAUGGCUCGCUCCGCCUCAACGUUCAGCCUAAGCGACUGCAGUAAGAAUGCAAUAGUGCAGCGCUCCAAUUCUCUGGACAAUGCCCCUCGACCCAGGGUGUCUGUGUGUAUACGCACCCCGUGCUGCCCAGAGAACACUAAUCAGCCUGGCCCACCAGAUACUCACACCAAAGUGCUUAACCAUACCCAGCUGGCAAACCAGGCAACUCUUCAGGGCACAAGACCAUGUCGGGAGCUUUUGGUGCCUCCGGAGCAGCGCUGGGUUCCUGGUACCGCACGAAGGGAGACUCUACUCUAGGCUGUCCAUUCUCCAUCGAUGGUCAAUCUGUCGUCUACGUUUGAGAGGAAGUACUACACCUUCAGCCGGU